GAAAGAGUGGUGGAUACCAUAUACUUCGAGAUAACAACAAGAAUUCAUGUGGGCUUUAUUUCAAAGAGAAGUCCAACUUCAUGAGAAGGCUUGGAGACAAUAGACUUAGGGUUUUUGUCCUCUUUGAGUUUAAAUAUGUUAAGGUGGUGGCUGCAAAAGUUACGCACCUUGAGGUCUAUUGCAAGAGGCACACAUGUUGUGUGUGGUGUCGUCCCACCAGUUUGGUGGUUAGGAGAACUACACUCGUCGGAAAAGACAAUAGGUGGUAG